AUGGUGGUGAACGAAGAUCACCAGGAGCUGCUGCCGUUCGUGCGAGGCGUCCAAGACGGUGCCUGCGUGCCCGCAGCCGAGGACGUUCCCAGUGUUACGUCAUCUCAGCGGCGCGACGACGAGGAGCGUGUCGUGUUCCUCGUGGUGCCAGGCCUCGCGGAAGAUGACCAAGACGCCGCCGAAAAGAUCAAAAAGGCGCUUCUACGUAGCUCCUUGGGCGUGCGCAAUGUGCAGCUGGAUCUUCUAGAGAAGCUGGCGAGGAUCGAGCUGUUUUACCGCGCCGACGAGGCGAUGGAGGCGGCUCUGGCUGACGAGGUGCGACGCGCAACACCCGAGCAACUCGUGGCGUAUCCAGUGUGGCAGCAUCGUGAGCGCAUCGUGCGCCUCCGCGUGGACGGCAUGCGCUGCAUGACCAACUGUGGUCGGCAAGUGAUCCGCGCGCUAGAGCAGAUUCCAGGCGUGCUUCACAUCCACGUGGACUCCAAGUCCAAGACGGCCGAGGUGGCACUAGCUAAAGGCUGCACAGCGACAGAGGUGGAUCUUAUUAAGUACAUCCGCGCGGCCAACCCGCGCUUCAACGCAUCCAUCGCUAAAGAGAAGAAAGAGCGCGCAGGUUCCGUACCUGGUGCGAUCUUGUUGAACAUCACAGGCAUGAGCUGUGCCAAGAACUGCGCUACAAAAGUUCAGGCUGCCUUGCAAAGUGCGGAAGGAGUAAUUGACGCGAUAGUCGACUUCGGUAAUAAGCGCGCGACGAUCAUCCUCGAGUCGGAGAGCUUAGUGACAAAGCAAGAUCUGAUUCAGGUGGUGCGCAGUGCUGGCACAAAGUUCGAUGCGUCGCGUUACGAGCUUUUCAACAAUGACGGCGACUCGCGCGUCGUAUAUCUAACGAUCGAUGGCAUGAGCUGCGCAAAGAACUGCGCAAGAAAGGUGCAAGAUGCACUUAACAACGCCGAGGGGGUUAUUAACGCCAAGGUGGACUUUGACACGAAGCGUGCGACCAUUUUCUUGGAGACGGGUAGUCACCUGACGGAAUCCGACCUGAUUGAAGUUGUCCAUUCCGCCGGUCAAAAGUUCACUGCUUCAGUAGCGAAACCAACCAGUGGACCGCGUACAAUUCGCCUUAAAAUUGACGGUAUGAGCUGUGCGAAGAACUGCGCAACGAAGAUCGAGCGGGCUUUGAAUGCUGUUGCGAGUGUAGAGAGCGCCACAGUGGAUUUCCCGCUUAAACGCGCUACAGUUCAGCUAGAAUCGGUCAGCUCCCUCUCGGAGAACGACCUCAUCGAAGUUGUACGCAGUGCUGGCACGAAGUUUGAUGCUGCAGUGUAUGUGCCGUCGUUCAGCCCGCGUACUGUGCUGCUGGAGAUUGAAGGCAUGAGCUGUGCCAAAAAUUGCGCACGCAAGAUCCAACAAGCUCUUAGCGAGACUGACGGCGUUGUGUCUGCAUCUGUGGAAUUUGCGGCAAAGAUUGCGACGGUUGAAGUGGACCCUGAUGGCCAGUUUAACGACGGAGACUUGCUGCAAGCCGUUCGAAAGGCCGGAUCCAAGUUCCGUGCUCGUGUCGUCAAGUCAGAAGCGCAAAGAGUGUCAGAUGCAGAGGAAUAUUCUGCGAAGAGUGAUGUUGAGCUGCAAGCCAAGUCGGAAGUGGCUUCGACUGCUGCGUCGGACGAUGUUGCAAUUUCUAUCGCCUCCGACAAGAGUGAGUUUGGCGAGGCAACACUUUUGGUUGGCGGGAUGACGUGUACCUCGUGCUCCAACUCGGUUGAAAACGCACUGAAACAAACGGAGGGUGUCGUGUCUGCUCUUGUCAGCUUUGCGACGGAGAAGGCGACAGUUCGCUUUGAUAAGGACAUUGUUGGAAUCCGGACGCUUGUUGAAACAAUCGAGGAUAUCGGAUAUGACGCUUCAUACGUGUCCAAGUCAGAGGCGCAGAAAGCGCUGGGAGAUCAACGCGCAAAGGAGAUCACGAGGUAUCGCGUUGACUUUUUCGUCUCCAUGCUGUUCACAUUUUCGAUUGUCCUGAUCAUGAUGGUGCUCGACAAUAUUGCGCCUAUUGAACGCGGCUUGGCUUCGGAAAUUCUUCCCGGGAUCUCGUGGCAGACGUUGAUUGUGGCAGUUCUAGCUACCCCGGUCCAGUUUUACCCUGCGCGUCGAUUCCAUGUUGACGCUUGGAAAGGAAUGAGGAACCGCAUGUUAGGCAUGUCAUUCCUGGUGUCGAUGGGCUCCAAUGCCUCGUACUUCUACGGUCUGUUCAGUCUCAUUCGUGCGGUUUUAUUGAGUGAUGCAAGUGUCGCCAACCCGGAUAUGUUUAUGACGUCGUCGAUGCUCAUUUCUUUCGUUAUCCUGGGCAAGUUCUUGGAGGCAAUCGCUAAAGGCAAAACCUCGGCAGCACUGAGCAAGUUGAUGGAGCUGCAAGUCAAAUCUGCCACGUUGUUAGUUUUUAGCGCUGACGGAACGAGAAUCCGUGAAGAGCGCAUUGUUCCGAUUGAACUGGUGCAACGUGGAGACAUUCUCAAAGUCGUCCGCGGAUCGUCCAUUCCAGCCGACGGAGUCGUCGUGUACGGCGAAGGUCGGAUUGACGAGUCGAUGUUGACGGGUGAGUCCAAGACAAUCAAGAAAGUCGUCGACGAUCGUGUGCUAGGGGCGACCGUGAAUGUGGACGGAUUGUUCCAUAUGAAGGUUACCGGUGUGGACAACGACACUGCAUUGAGUCAGAUUAUUCGUCUCGUGGAGGACGCGCAGACCUCAAAGGCGCCAAUCCAAGCAUACGCAGACUACGUCGCGUCCAUUUUCGUCCCUACCGUACUGGGGCUUUCUUUCGUGACACUCUCGGCUUGGUAUCUCCUCUGUGUUUUUGAGGUUGUUCCGGAAAGCUGGAUUCCUCACACAGACAGCACGUUUGUGUUCGCGUUCAACUUUGGUAUUGCUACACUCGUUGUGGCUUGUCCGUGCGCGUUGGGGUUGGCAACACCCACGGCUGUCAUGGUUGGAACGGGUGUUGGAGCUGAGCACGGUGUGUUGAUCAAGGGCGGUGAGCCACUACAGGCUGCACACAACGUCAACACGAUCUUGUUCGACAAGACGGGAACUCUGACAGUGGGGAAGCCUGUGGUGACAGAUGUGGUGGUGCUCACGAAGAAGCUCAGCACUGAGGAGCUCAUUAUUCUCGCUGGGUCGGCUGAACUUGGCAGCGAACAUCCUCUCAGUAAAGCGAUCAUCGAGUACGCCAAGUUUAUCUCGUCUUAUCUCGAACAACCCAAAGGUUUCCGUGGAGUUUCUGGACGAGGUAUUGCGUGUACAGUUGGUGAGCACAAGGUCGUCAUUGGCAACAGAGAGUGGAUGGCCGAUAACGGAAUGAAGCGUUUGUCAAGUAUUGUGCUGCAGCAGGCCACAAUGACGUUCCAGAAUGCUGGAAAGACUACCAUUUACAUGGGCGUCGACGAUGAACUUAGCGCUGUCUUUGGUGUGGCGGAUGCUCCGCGUAAAGAGUCAAUCCGUACAUUGAAAAAGCUGAAGCAGAUGGGUCUGGAAGUCUGGAUGGUCACUGGUGAUAACGCACGCACGGCCUUCACCAUUGCUGACCAGCUUGGCAUUAGUCGACGCAACGUCAUGGCCGAGGUGGUCCCUUCUCAGAAGUCUUCGAAGGUCAAGCAGCUCCAGAGUACUGGGCGUAUCGUUGCUAUGGUAGGUGACGGCAUCAACGACUCGCCUGCAUUGGCUCAAGCGGAUCUGGGUAUUGCUAUAGGAGGCGGCACUGAGAUCGCAGUCGAGACGGCCGGUAUGGUGCUCAUGAAGGCCAACUUGUUCGACGUCAUCACGGCGCUGGACUUGUCUCGCACAAUCUUCAACCGGAUCCGUCUGAACUACGUGUGGGCUCUUGGCUACAACUGUUUGCUGAUCCCAUUGGCUGCUGGCGUGUUGUAUCCCUUCGGCUUCAGCAUCCCGCCCAUGUUCGCAGGCGGUGCCAUGGCCAUCUCUUCCGUGUCGGUCGUCACUUCCUCGCUCCUUCUGCGGUAUUACACGCCUCCAGCUCUCCCGGAGGAUUUCAGCGUGGACGACUCCAAGUCGCUGCUCUUCAAGAAGCCGACGGUCACCACGCCAUUGCUGGCCUCCAGCACGUUGGAAUAG